AUGCUAGAACACAUCGAAUUAAACAUUACGGGUGAGCCCCCUACGGAACCGCCAAAGCCAGCGGGUUAUGCACAAUGGGCAUCAUGGAUGGCCGCAGACCCCGACAAUGAGCCCUUUAUCUUUCGAAAAUUCGACGAACUAGCAGCCGUCGACCUGCUCUAUCUACAGAGCGAGAUGAUAGAUAUCGAGGCAGAGCUCAAAGAGAUGAACCAGGAAGCCACCCCGCGACCACCGGAUGGCAUCCGUCGAGGCCACGAGGAUGUGGGAAACCCUGACGAAGCUCUGCUGCUGCAGAGCGAAGUAGCAAAACUGCAAACGCCCAGCCGAAGAGCCUUGAGCGCCGUGAAGCAGGCGUUUAGACCGGAUGGCUACCCGAUCAUCGAGGGGAAGACAAGCGGAUAUCUGUCUGGGGAAGACCUCGUAGCGUUGAAGAGCCCGACGAAAGAUACCCUGUCCAACUACUAA